AUGGACAUUGCCCAAGCCUUUGGAGACAAGCACAUACCUACGAUUCAGAUCCAGACCAAGAAUGUUACUGCCAAUAUAGAGACUUUUGCUCGCAGUCAGGUUGAAAAGUUUAGGACUGGGGAGCAUGGAAAGACCCUGUACAUCAGUAACAAUGGACUCAAGGAAAAGAUCAUUCAGACACUUGCUACAAAGGCGGAAGGGAUGUUUCUUUGGGUCAAUCUUCAACUAGACAGUCUCUGUCAAGCCAGCAAGGCCCAGAAGGACCAAGUGGUGGAAGCUGCACUGGAGGUACUCCCCCAGGGCUUGCCAGACACCUACGUUCGGAUACUAGAGCGGAUUGAAGUCCAGUCUCCGUACAUGAGGGAUUUGGCACUCAACUGUCUCAUUUUGACAGUCUAUGCUCGGAGGCCUCUCAGCACUCGGGAAUUACAACACGCAAUUGCGAUCAACUCGAAGUGCACAGUUCGACAGGAUCUACAGAUCGACUCCCCUCAAGUAAUCCUUGAAGCUUGUGGCAACCUACUAGAAGAAGCCAAUGGGUCAAUCCGGCCGAUUCACUACACAGUGCAGGAGUUCUUUACACCCACCGUUCAGAGCAUGCCGCAGCAUACUAUACGCGCGCAGCUUCUAGACUCGCACUCUGCGCAUAGACAAUUGGGCUUAGCGUGUCUCGAGUACAUACAGCUAACGGCAUUCAACAAACCAGUUCAGUACAGUUGGAACCUUUUCGAUCGACUUCACAAAAACGUUCUGGCUGGCUAUGCAUGUCAGAGCUUCGACUAUCAUAUUUCGAAUUGCGAUGAGCCUCCUCACGGUGUUAUGAUUCAACUAGAGACACUCUUGCGGCAAGAGAGUCCGUAUCUUGCAGCAAUCCUGCAAAUCAAGGUUUUGCAAGAUGGCCACGGCUACGGCAAUAUCGAAGAGCGCUUUAAUAACAUGAAGUUCCGUGUAACUCCGGAUACAAUUGUAUACAGCACUAGUCUCUACAACAUUCCCAUUGUAAGACAAAAAUGGGUCGACCAAACGCCCCCAAAAUAUGCUUUACACCUGGCAGUUUCCGCAGGGCUGACAAGUGCAGUCAUCCGACUGUUAGAUGGAGGGUACGAAGUCGACGAGAAAGACGGGAGCGAUAACACUUCAUUAUACUACGCGUGCCUCAACGGCGACCUGGACGUCGUUCAGGUAUUAAUUGACAAACAUGCCGGGGCCAAUGCACAGGGUGGAUACUACGGCAACGCACUACAAGCAGCUUCAGCGGGACGCCACGAGCAGGUAGUCAAGAUGCUGCUUGACAACAAGGCCGACGUCAACGCGCAAGGCGGAUACUACGGCAACGCACUGCAAGCAGCUUCAUACAGAGGCCACGAGCAGGUAGUCAAGAUGCUGCUUGAAAACAAGGCCGACGUCAACGCGCAGGGAGGAGAGUACGGCAACGCACUGCAAGCAGCUUCCGAGGGAGGCCACGAGCAGGUAGUCAAGAUGCUGCUUGACAACAAGGCCGACGUCAACGCGCAAGCCGGAUACUACAGCAACGCACUGCAAGCAGCUUCAGCAGGAGGCCACGAGCAGAUAGUCAAGAUGCUGCUCGACAAGAAUGCUGACGUCAACGCGCAGGGUGAAUACUACAGCAAUGCACUGCAAGCAGCUUCAGCAGGAGGGCACGAGCAGGUAGUCAAGAUGCUGCUCGACAAGAAUGCUGACGAACUGCAGCAGAAGGACUUCGUGUGA